CAAGGGGCACACAGUGGUCGUCACCGGUAGACAGGGGAUGCGCUGUCCUCCAUGACACCUGAUCCCACCUCUGGUUUUAGAGUUGUAGAGUUACCAUCAGACCAAGAAAGAUGAUUUUCGUUACAUUAUGUUUCCAGCUUUUUGUGAUAUCGGGAUGUGUUAAUAUAUCCGUCAUAGAAGAUCUAUAUAACGUCAUUAAAAGCCAGUCUGAAUAUGAAAACUUAACUGUUUUUGAAUUGAAGACAUCCACAGAUUUCAAUGAUGAAAAUCCUUUACCAAGCAGUAUGUUUCCUACCUUGUUCGAGACCCGGAAGUAUAACUUCAUUCAUGACGUCAUUGAGGAGAUUGCCUACGAAGUGAACACAACAUCAUCAGCCUUGCUUGAAAACGACGAGUUCCUAAUACCGUUGCAUUUAAAGUUUACAGAGAAGGAUUGUGAACUGGGUCCAUCUCAUGGACAAUGUAGCGAUGACCAAUACCGAUCAUUGGACGGUUCCUGUAAUAAUAUGGUGUUCCCCACUUGGGGCAUGUCUGGACAGGUUCUGCGACGCUAUCUCUCCCCAGGGUAUCAUGAUGGGGUUGAAAUGCCAAUAUCCUUAGACAUCACGGGAGAACCACUUCCCAGUGCAAGGGAAAUAAGUAAAUUAUUACAUAGACAAAGUGACGUCAUGGACAUGAACAUAGUUCUAUCUGCUAUGGUCAUGCAGUGGGGACAAUUUUUGGAGCAUGAUAUUUUAUCUGUACCUGCUUACAGAGACAAACAUGGCCAAGCUUUGGAUUGCUGUGGAAGAGAUAAGAACGAUCAUGAAUGUUUCUCAAUAAACGUUCCCCAAAACGACCCAUUCUUCAACACCCGAUGCAUUCCGAUGGUACGUUCGGCACCAGGAGUUGGACCAAUGUGUUACACCACAAAAAGAGAACAACUGAACCUGGCUACAGCUUUCAUCGACGGUUCUCACAUUUAUGGUACAAAUACCGAGACACUGAGACAAAUAGUUGAUGCCAACACUGGAAAACUAAAAGUAAAUGGUAACAAUAUGAUUCCAGCUGCCGACCCUGCCAUAGAAAAUUGUAUUCUGGAGAAGAGUUUUGACUACUGUCCGAAAUUAGGUGACGAUAGAAUUAAUCGAAGCCCAGCCCUCACAUCAAUGUAUACAUUGUUUGUUAGGGAGCACAACCGUCUUGUCGACAAAUUACAAUGCAGAAACCCUCACUGGCUUCCAGAGUUUGUCUUCCAGGAGGCGAGGAAGAUCAUAGUAGCCCUGAUACAACAGAUUACCUACACAGAGUAUCUUCCAGUUAUUCUAGGAAAGGAGGGCAUGUGGAAAUAUGGUUUGACCAUCAAUAUUGACGGUUAUGACUAUUCUGCAUAUAAUCCAAACGUGAAUGCUGGAAUCGCUAACAGUUUUUCUUCUGCAGCUAUUAAAUUUAUCCACACCCAAAUGCCAGAUAUGCUUGGUUUUUACGAUAACCAAACGCAAUACGUAGAUUUAGAGAAAACAUUUCACAGACCCUGGUACGCGCAACAAGAUGGCGGCAGAGGCAUGGAAGAGAUAAUGAAAUGGCUGGUUAAUGAUGCUCAACCGGAAACCAAUAGAUUCUACGUACGUGCACUAACAGAUUCCUACCUUGAGUUUAACGGUAGUAGUUUAGACCUGGCAGCCAUUGACAUACAAAGGGGGCGGGACCAUGGACUUCCGGCUUACAACUCAUGGCGGAGGUUCUGUUCUCUUCCAAUCGCAGACAAGUUUGAAAACCUCCUCGACCACGAACCUGAAAUGAUACAAAAGCUUAAGGAGAUAUACAAAUCCCCAAUGGACAUAGACCUUUUGACAGGGGCAUUGACCGAGAGAAAGCGGAUGGGAACAGAGAUCGGCCCAACCUUUUCCUGCAUAGUGGGACUACAAUUUAGCGAACUGAAAAAGGGAGACAGGUUUUGGUUUGAAAAUCCAGAUCCACGAACUGGGUUCACAAUCAAGCAACUGAGUGCAAUCCGAAGAAUGUCCUUGGCCAAAAUUAUGUGUAACAAUUUGGAUAUCGAAAGAAUUCAACAAAGAGUUAUGUUUCUUCCAUCUGAAGAGUUCCAUCCUAGAGCCGAAUGUAGUGAGAUUCCUGAUUUAGACUUCAGUGCUUGGCAAGAUGACCCCUCCGUCACAGCAAACUGUUAAAUGGGGCUUCGACUGUAUAUGAAUUCAUUCGUUGUUUGGAGUCAUUACAUUGAAUGAAGAGAACUAAAAGUAAUGGCAUUUCCAAUAAACACCGAACAAAGUCACAGCUGCAAGUUGAAGUACGAAAAGCAGCAGCAUCAUUAAAAGAAAGAAACAUAUGAGAUAUGAAAAUUUUACUGAGAAUUUUUUUUUGAUAUUUCAUCACUGUAAAUGAUAUGAGCUUUGUCAAAACAAACACAUAAUGUAUACAUUAAAAAAGAAGACUAGAUCACUUGAAAAACGCGGGCAGCUAAUUUAUUUGGCCAAAUUCUUUAUAAAAAUAAUUUUAAUAGUUGACGAAAUUGAAUGAAAUAAUAUGGCAGAAGGUAGAUACACAAAGCAUAUAAGAAGCAGUUUAAAAUUCAUUAUUUUUUUUCUGUACUUUCAUUAGUGAACUUUGCACAUGUUUUACAUUUUAUUUAACAUGUUUUCCGCACUUGUUUGUACUUUUAUACUAUUUAUUUAGCACCUGGACAAUAAAUCCAUUGCAUAAAUGUAAAUGUCA